AUGAAAAUUUUAAUUUGUUUAAUUCUUCUUUUAUUCACCACUUAUUCUGUGUAUGGAAAACAUUGGGAUAAAAUUAAAUCAGCUACUGAAGAAGAUGAUGUUUUCCGUUCCUAUAAAAUAAGAACCAAUGAUAAAUCAGGAUGUCCUUCAUUCUCAGCCAAUGGAGUUUCAGUUGAUAAAAGUAUUGUUAAAGACCUUAAAGUUGACACCAGUAUUUUUAAUUUCCAAACAUGUAAUAGAAAAGCUACACAAUUCCCAAACUACUUUUUCAAUUUCUUUUCAUUAGAACUCAAUGGUAAUAAUACCAAUAAUCCAACAAAUAGUAGUGCUAGUUCGGAUGAAGAAUCGUCUGAUGACCAUCAUGAUAUUGAAUUUUCAAAAAUUUCAAUAGGAUAUAUGCCAACUUUUAUUAUUGAAUAUGCUGAAAAUAAUAGUAUUGAAGGUUUUCAAUAUGGUGGUGAUGAAAUUUUGGGUUACAUAAAUUUAUCAAAACAAAAAUAUUCAUUAACUAGAGAUCAAAAAGAAAUGGAAGGAAAUAAUGGUAAAAAUUUUACUGUCUAUCAAAUUGAAGUUACUUCUGAUAAUAAUAUUUUCCAAAUGGUAUUUUACAUUAGUGGAGCACCAAUCAAUGUUGGUGAUGUUAAAUUAUCAGCUGAACAAUCAAAAGUUGAUGUUUCAAUCAUUGGUUAUUACAAUGAAUCAAUUAAUGUAAAAAGUAAUGGAUGUCAAUUUGAUUCCAAAAAUAUUAAAAAUUUAAAUUGUGCUUCCACUGGUCCUUCAAAUAAUAAUCAAUCAAGAUUAGCAAUAACUUCAUUUUUUGCAACUAAAAGUAAAAACAUUGAACUUGAUAUUGAUAGAGAUGAACAUAAUAAAAAAGAUUCAAAUAUUGAAAUAAAAAAUGAAGAAAUUAAUGCUGGUUUUUCAUGGGUAACUCAAGCUUCAGUUACAAAUGAUAAAGGUGACUCAACUGAUGUUAAAGUAAUUUCAAACACAACUGAAUAUUCAAAAUUCAAUGAUUUCGGUGCAUUAAUGAUUAAACAAUGUUUUGGAAAUGGUUUCUUCCAAUCAAAGUUUUUAAUUCAUUCAUUUGAUGCAAUUCGUCCAAAUAAUUUAACUCAUGAUCCAGUACUUGGUGGUGAAUCAUCUUUAGACUCUAGUUCUUCAAAUUCAUCAUCUUCAAAAUUGGUUUUAUCAUUAUUUGUUACUUUAUCCUUAAUUUUAUCAUUAAUAAUUUAA